AAAACAAACUUAUCAGUCAUGGCUAUAUUAAAAGUUCUGCUAAAGAUUCAGUGUCUUGUCUUGUUACUUAUAUGGCUGCAAUUAGCUUCUGCAGAAAUUCCGAGCACUGCUUCCAGAGUGGCAAAGCCUGGUUGUCAAGAUCAGUGUGGGAAUAACGUCACCAUACCAUACCCAUUCGGUAUCGGUGAUGGUUGUUUCAUAGAAAAGAUGUUCGAAAUAAAAUGCAACAACACUGAACCUAGGUUUGGAAAUUUACCUGUCACGGAUAUAUCGGUACUCGAUGGUCAGAUGACAAUUGCAACCUUAAUAGCCGACACCUGUUCCAAAUAUCCAUCGUGGGUUUCUCUCUAUUUAGGAAAAUUUACCGUGUCUACUAAGAAAAACAAAAUGAUAUCUAUCGGCUGUGACACCAGGGCACAUAUAAAUGAUACUCCAGAUAUUGGCGAGGGGUGUUCAGACUGUAGUAGAAAUGAAUCUACCACCGAUGGGUCUUGCAAUGGUAUGGGUUGUUGUAAGACCUCCAUCCCAGCUGGACUUAGGGAAUAUAAUGUGACAGUUACAAGAGAGUACCCUAGAAAGAAUUUGAUCUUUAAUAAUCCAUGUAGUUAUGCUUUUGUUGCUGAAGAAGAUUCGUUUAGGUUUUCUUCGUCUUAUCUUCAAGAUUUCAAAAAGAACGGAACUGGAACAGUCCCGGUAGUGGUUGAUUGGACUAUUGGUUCUGAGAUAACAUGCGAGGAAGCAGCAGCAAAUAUGACAAGCUAUGCUUGUGGACCUAAUGCUGUAUGUAAACUACGCAAUAAUAUCACUCCAGGUUAUCUCUGUAGCUGUAAACCGGGCUAUGCAGGAAAUCCUUAUCUUGAUAUUAGUACUGGUGGUCAUUGCCAAGAAAUCAAGGGAUGCGAUGAUAAUUCUGCUUUGGGUUGCAGUCCUAAGAGUCCCAAGAGUGAAAGCUUUCCUCGGAGUAAAUUUAACAAGAUUGUUGCUGGUACCUGCCUAAGCUUAUCCAUUCUACUAGUAACCAGUUUUGUACUGGGGUAAGACUAGCAAUACAAUUCCUGCAGGAGACAAAAAGAGGCGAUGAUCGAUUGCCUAAAGACGGAACUGUGUGUUGGCUACCCUUGCCCCAGGUUGUAGCUUGUAGUUUGUAGUGUAAAGUAAUGAUGAUGUUAAGUGUGUCAAUGGCCAUGUAUGUAUUCCUACACUAUUUAUUUGGUUAUUAAUUGCAAUUAUUACAUGUAGUAGUGUAAUAUUUUUUCUUCGAUAAAAAUCUGUAUUUUUAAAUUUUUAAAUAAAUGAAGGGGGCAACAUAUGUAGUAUAACUUUGGUUCAAAAUUAUAUU